UUGAUGACUUUUGAAUUAUUCAAACCUUAUUCACUACAGCUUUAACAAAAAAUAUUCUCCCUGAUGUACAAAAAGAAGAGUUGAAGACUUCACACCCAACCUUGCGACGACUGCGCCAAACAAGGACGGUAGCAGGAAGUGACCUUACACCGAGGCUUUGAAAGUGAAGAGGGGACAACAAGGAGGCAUGGCAGUCGACAAAGAGCUGGAUUCCGCACGACGCAGUCAUUGCCGACUGUCAUCACAAUGCUACGCUGAGUGAACGGCGGAAUUGUGAACGUAUAUGCAUCGGCGACUUUUCGUCUGGACAUGAACGCAGCGCCCAGUGCAGCUCCCUGUGCGGGCCCUCUUGGCUGCACUUCUGUAUAAGGCGUAGGGCUGGAAAGUUUACACUGUGUGUGUGCAGUCGUUCAAGUGGUCGACAAGUAACUUUAAACCGACCUGCAUGGUGUGUUUUCUCUCUUCAGAACAUGCCCUGUAGGAAAACUGUAACAAGGGCUUCGAGCAGCUUUCGCAUGCAGUCCCUCGGGCAUCUGUUGGUACUCUCCUCUCUGGGUCGUUUCAUAUCUGGAUACUCUGACAGAGAUAGAGUCCAUGACUUGAUGUCCAGAUAUCCUCUUAUUGAUGGUCAUAAUGACCUCGCUCUCCAGCUGAGGAUACUUCACAACAAUAACCUGAGUCAAGUUGACCUUCACAAUGUGAGCAAGGUGGCCACCGACAUCACCCGUCUUCAAGCGGGCCACGUACAGGCACAGAUGUUUGCAGCCUAUGUGAUGUGUGGGGCCCAGGAGAAGGAUGCUGUGAGGCUGACCCUGGAACAAAUAGAUGUGGUCAGACGCAUGUGCACUGAGUACCAGGACUUUGAGCUGGUCACAUCUGCCCAGGAACUGAAGAACUCUGAGAUGAGGCAUAAGAUAGCAUGUCUAAUAAGUAUUGAGGGGGGGCACUCCAUUGACAGCAGCCUGCCAGCCCUGCGGAUGUUUUACCACCUUGGAGUCCGCUCCAUGGCCCUCACGCAUACCUGCAAUACACCCUGGGCAGAAUCAUCAUCAAAACUUUAUAGUGUCUAUCAAAGACAGAAUAACAGCCUGACACACUUUGGGAAGGCUGUGGUGAGGGAGAUGAACAGACUGGGAAUGAUAGUGGACCUCUCCCACACUUCUUGGGACACAGCCUUGGCUGUGCUGAACCAUUCCAGGGCUCCUGUUAUUUUUAGCCACUCAUCCUCCUACUCCAUCUGUAACCACAGUCGCAACGUACCUGACCGGUUGCUGCAUGAGCUGAAAAAAAACCAAGGGUUGAUCAUGGUGAAUCUCCACAGCAAAUUCAUUUCAUGCAGGGACAAAGCUAACAUCUCUCAUGUGGCUGACCAUUUUGAUCACAUUAAGAAGGUGAUUGGAGCUGAGUCGAUAGGAAUCGGAGGGGACUUUGAAGGCGCUGUGAGCUUUCCUCACGGGUUAGAGGAUGUGUCAAAGUAUCCUGCCCUGAUCCAGGAGCUCCUGCGGAGGAACUGGACUGAGAAUGAGUUGGCUGAUGUCCUUCGAAGGAAUUUCCUGCGAGUGUUCAAGGAGGUGGAGCAGGUCCGUAAUCAGUUAAGGUUGCUUCGGCCCAUUGAGGUCCAGAUCCCCGUAGAGGAGGUCCAGAACCCCUGUAGGCUGGUUCUUACGCCUCCUGACCCGAGAAAGCGGCUUUCCGACAAGAGUCCCAUCUCCAGAGCUCAACACGGACGACCAGAUCUGCUAAUCCUGGCUAUAGUUCUGCUGCUUUCCAGCCUAUUUAUGAUUGAAUGAAUAUUUAGAAAUUCAGUUAGGCUGCAUUUUCCUUUAAACUGCUUCAUUUUUAAUAUAAAUAAGAGGAGCUUAAUGAGUCUGCUGUAGCCAUUUGUAGGUCAUCAAAGUUCUCCACAGGUCAGAAGGGAUAAGGGGAGGUGAAUCACUUUCUUAUCACCCAUACAAGGAAAGCAUUCAACGUGUAGCCCCAUUUGGGAGGUAAUUUAAAUGCCAUGUUCUGUAUGUACAGUAUGCUAAAUAUACAAAUAUCAUAUACAACAUCAUUCCUCUGACAGGCAUUUUACCAGUCAUUUUGGAAUUUAUUUAUUAUAUAUUUAAUUUCUUGCGGAAUUUGUUGUACCAGUACUGACGACAUCUCUAUGAAAAAUUAUGACAUGAAGGAGAUUAACGACACGUGACAAUGAAAGUGCAGAGAUGGCACUUUAUUAUUUUAAGUUGUUUGCUGUUGUUGUUGUUAGGUUUUGCCUGUUAAGGGUUUUUUAUCUAUUGUUGACCAGUAAUGUAAACUGGAGUAGAGGUCAUUACACCGUCGACAGUGAAGGUAAACAGUUCAGUUAAAGUGCAGUUAAGUGUAAAAUAUUGCAUUA